AUGAAUUAUCUACUGAUCGGACAGUUUCUACUUUACGUAUGCAAAACAUUUGCACAUCCAGAUGGAUAUUCGAUAGAUAAACCAACACAGCCAUUCGCGGGAUAUGACUACCCUAAACCAUCAAUUUUGUUUGAACACAGUUGUCCUGUGAUUCCUCCUAGUACCCAGUACAUUACAUUGUCAGUCACGGAAACCAAGCUGGUGCAAGCUACUUUACCUCCAGUUACCAGCAUUCAACUACAAACCACAACGAAUUUUGUAACACUUCCCCGGUUAACAGAAUUUUUCACUGAAACAAAGAUUCAAACUCUAACUGCCACGGCCACUAAUUACCUAACCGUAACAAGUACGGCAUUUCAGAUACAACCAACGACGCUAACAUCCUAUCUAACGACAACCAUCUACGCUCCGAAAACCUACCUACCACCCGCUGCACCAGUAUCUCAGAAUACCUACCUUCCGACGGUUACUGCGCGACCCACUUCGGCCAACACUUACUUGCCAAAUUUGCGUGAAAAUAUCGAGCACACUACUCCAAACACAUUUCUUCAAAGUUACGGCUUUUCCCAGGCAGCGCCCAUCAAGCGUAUGACCGAGGACAUCACGGCAAACACUUUGGAUGAUCAACCGAACGGCAAUACAACUCAAGCGCAGCUAACCUCACCGCCAGCCAUCAAUAUCAUCUAUUUCGAUCGCCGAUCCGAUGUGGACGAACCUCGUGGACCCCCCGCAGACCUGAUGAGUUGGUUACUGUGUCGGUUUAAUCUACUCAAUAGAACCUGUGAGAACUAA